ACAGCGGCUAGUCAGUCUGGCUUGAGCUGUGGCCGCGGACACACACACACACACACACGCGAUUCCAUUUUUCCACCCUCCGUCCCAACCUCACUGAGCCGCUACCAACUCCGACCUGCCUGCCUCUCUACACCUCCUCCACGACGGCGGCUACACCCCCACCUACACCCUACGAGAAGUGAUCCGGCAGGAGAGAAAAGCGCGGUAAUACACAGGCUGGGAUGACUUCGGUGGCGGCGCCCUUCGGGGCCACCACCGCCCUCGCCGACCUCGACGCUAUCACUGAUGAGGAGCGACUCAGGAUGAUGUGGCAGCAGGCGGAGGACUUCGGGGAGCGGCGGCGCAUCCGGGCCAGGAUGUACAAGUUGAGGGAACAGCGGCUCCGAGAGAUGAUGCAGAACGACGAGGAGAGCUUGGGCACCCUCAACGUGACGGACGAUGGCGGGGCCACGGAGUCCACCCAGACCACCAUCACCAUUGAGGAAGGGGGUAACACCUCGCGACGCUCCUCUAACAUUCAGGUGACAAUGCAUGUGGAUGGGGAUUCAGCCAUAACUGAUUCGAUCUCAACACAGAACAUCCGUCUAGGUGGACUCACAAUGCGUGGAGUGGACACCGUGAACUUGGAGGGCCUCGAGCCAGACGACAUCAUUCAAGAACGUAUCCGCAAGGCUAGUGACGAUCGGGCCACCAGGUUCCAGCGCAUCAUCGGGGAGCUAUCCGACAGUGAGGUCAACAGUGAGGGUGAUGCAGUGGUGUCCAUCACAAAGUCAACUUAUUCUAUUCAGUCUAAUGCACUGGCUGGUGAAGGGUAUCUCUCCAUGAAGAACAAGGAAGUUCGAGAUUCCGUGUCGCCCACACGCAUCAUGAGAGAGCGUAGGUCUUCAGCUGAGGAUGAAACGUCUGCCAAUGAGGGUCGCCUCACCUCAGAUGAUGAGGCAGCACUCAGAACUGAGACUGAAAAUGUGACACAAUCUCUUCAAACAUCCACAUCAAAGACAUCCUCCUCCAGAAAAUCUUCGAGGGAUGAAAGAACAACCUCAACAAGAACGGCAAGGUCCAGACAGUCAGAAAUACCUGUUCGUAAAGAAUCAUCAUCUCGCAAAGUUAGUGAGAGGAAGACUUCUAAGGAAUUGGACUUGAGUUCAGCUAAACGUACUGGCGGAGAAAAGGCUUCGCCAACGUCGCCCACAAAACGCACUCCAGGAGAGAGUUCAAGCAGGAGCAACAUGCCCCGCAGGACAGGUGCUCAAAAGGAAGCACCUACUUCACCAAACAAGUCUCCCACAAGGACAGGUAGCAAGAUUGCACCAUCGUCAAAGAAAUCAAAACUGGCAGAGAUAGAAUCCAAGAUGGAAACAUCAAUAAUGUCCGAGUUAGAUAAACUUGAUUCUUACCUUCGUGCUAGUGUUAGUGAUGAUGAUGAGAUCAUCAUGGAAGAGGAGGAAGAUUGUAUAGAUGACUCUGGAAACGUUGUAAAGAUGCUGGUGCAGACGCGCCGCAAGAAGGAUGGCACCGAAUGUACUGCUCGUCGUGUGGCCAGGUCAACCAAAGUGGUCAAUACCGAGAGCGAGAUUGAUGAAAUCCUUAUUGGAAACCCAGACCAUGAGGUGUUGGAGCGGAAUGUUGCGGAGGAAGAAGAUAAGGAGGGCAAUAAAAUCAAAAUUAUCACUGAAACGCGGUGCAGACCUGAUGGCAUCACCUAUACUACUAAAAACAUUCUAAAGACUUCAAAAAUAUUUGACUAUGACCAUCCUGAAGACGUUGCUUAUAACGAAGAGGAUGAACUUAUCUCCACUAAUGAAACUGAAGAAACUGAUGAAAAUGGAAUUACAAUCCAGACAGUUACAGAGACAAGGCGUAAACCCAGUGGCAUGGAAUACACUACUAAAAAGGUUUAUAAAACGUCUAAAGUCAAGAGUACUCAGAUUACCCCAUCAGAUGAUGAUGAAGUGAUUGACACCAAAGAGACUGAAGAGAGAAAAGAUGAUGGCUCAAUCAUUCGCACGGUGAUUGAGACACGUCGCACCAAAGGGGGUGAGGAGUACACCCACAGGCAAGUAUUCAGGUCUCGUAGAAUGACACUCUCUGGAGUAGACCUGCAGAAGGGUUUACCAACAAUCCAAAAUGAUGAUGAAGUGGUUAAUAGGAAGGAGAAGGAGGAGACAGAUGAAAGUGGUAUGACUGUCAAGGUGGUCACGGAGACUCGCCGCAGGAAGGAUGGUUCAACGUAUUCAUUUGAGUAUGUUCUCCGCAGUUUCCAAGGGACAGAAGAUGAUGUGAAGAAAAUGCCUGUAGGUAGUUCAGGCUCAUCUAACAUUGCUGUCAGUGCUGAUGAUGAGCUUAUUAAUGAAGAUGUGAAAGAAGAUGUUAAGGAGGAUGGCUCAACGAUAAAAACUAUAAUUGAGCGAAGGCGUGCAAAGGAUGGCACUGAAUACCUACGCCACCGUAUAAUGAGGAUUCCCAAGAUGCCAGAACCAGUUUUGCAGGUGGCCAACCUGGAUGAUGAGGUGUUGCAGGAGGAAGUGAAAGAGAAAACACUCAAUGAUGGUACCCACUACAAGGCCGUGACGGAGCGCCGACGCAGCAGUGUUUCUGGUCUUCAGUACACACUUCGCAGAAUGUCUAAAGUUUACCAGCAGCCGACCCACCACCCGAGGUCACUAGAAGAUGAGAUUUUGGAUGAAAAUGUUACCGAAGAGGAGACUGACGAUGGCACUGUGGUUAAAACAGUUAUUCAGCGCUACCAGAGGCCUGAUGGAUCAGUGUAUACAACACACAAUAUUCAUAGGACUUUCAGCUCACCAGCUCCAGUAACGUUUGUGGGAACUGAAAAUGAUGAACUUGUAGACCAGUCUGUUGAUGAGAAGGAAACUGAAGAUGGCUGCAUCAUUAAAACUGUUAUUGAAAGACGUAGAAGGUCUGAUGGUGUGCAGUAUACGGUGGAACGAACAGAAAAAACAUCUAAAUUUGGUCCACAAGUUCAUAUAACAUAUAGUGGAAAUGAACGGCAUCAGAAACCCGAGGAUGUUGUUCAAGUAGGAAGCCCAGAUGACAAGGUGGUGAGCUCUGAGGAAAAUGAAUAUGAAGAGGAGGACGGUACUAUCGUCAGGACUGUAGUGGAGGUUAGAUGCCGGAUAGACGGCACUGAGUACACUACAAAGACUGUGCUUCGGUCUACUCCCAUCCUGGUUCCUGAGCGAGAAAUGAGCUAUGUAGUCAUCAAACCUGAAGGAGGAAAUGAGGAUGAGGAAGUUGGUUUCUUCCCCUCACUCGAUGAUGAAAUUGUUUACACCCGUAAGAAGGAGGAAAUUGGCGAUGAUGGAAAACCCACCACCGUUAUCAUUGAGACACGGCAGAGUAAAACAACAGGAGAAAAAUAUAACAUCACCAAGAGGGUUCAUACCCAGGAUGUUUUCAUGACUGAGGAAGGAGAGAGGGAAAUUCCUAAGGCAGUAAUGAAAUCCACUUUAGUUGCACACCUUGCUCCCAGUACUACUACACGUCAAGGCAAAAAGCCAGACACAACAAAUGAGGAGCCAGAUGAUGAACCGGAUGAUGUUCCAUAUGGUUCAGUUUCAGCACUAAAGAACCGAUUUGCUCCGGCCUCCAGCAAAAAGCCAGAUUCAACAGACAAGCCAAGCAAACCUGAUCGUCUAAAUACAUUAAAUAAAAAGAAGUUCUUUGAAGAGGCAGCUAAAAGUGCAGGUGGAAGUGCUCCUCUCAAAUACUCACCUCGAAAAUCUGAGCCCAAAGAUCGACCCCGGGAACCAGAUAAAGAUGCAAAGAGAGAUUUAUUGCCUGCAUUCUCAGAUGAUAAAGCAUCAAUUGAAGUGAAGUUGCGUAUCGAAAAGGAUCAGGCAACUGUUGAGGAUGUGGAGACACGCAAAGUAACAUACCAGGCUGAGGAAGCUUCUCAGGAAUAUCCUGUCAUUGCUACUGAACCAAAGGAUGUGAAUAUUAAAGAUUUAGAAACGGAAAUAGCGAAACUUGAGGAGGAAGAAAAACGCCGCUACAUACAGGAUGAUCAGCUUGAACCUGAAGAUAUAGAAGACCAAGAGGAAGACAUUUCACCUGAUGAAGUAGAGCCAGAGGAAGAGAUAUCAUCACCAUCAGAAGAAGAGCCUCAGGAGCCACUAAAGAAGAAGCCUGAAGUAUCAAAAAAAUCACCCACAGCCUUGAAGAAGACUGUAGAAAAGCCAAGGAAAAAAGCAGAAGAACCAAGGAAAAAGCAUGAGUUAAGUCCAAGAAAGAAGCCUGAUACUGAUGAACCCUCACGAAGAGUGCCUACCACUUCCAGAAAAUUGCCAUCAAAGGAUGACUCUCCCACUCGGCGUAUCCCUGCACAGAAGGAACCCAUAACACCCAAAGAAUCUACAAAACGUGUUCCAAAAGCCACUACUUCCCCACAACGAGUGCCUAGCUCUCCUAACCGUGGUCGCUCCCCGAACAGAUCAGGAGUUUCAACCCCAAGGGAUGUAACACCAACUGGCCGUAAUUGUUGUAGGACACACAGGGCAGCAAAUGAAACUGAACCUGUAAGUCCAACCAGAACACAGAAAACAACACCACGAUCAACUGUUCCAUCAGUCAGGAAGACAACUUCUCCUGAAGGAAAGCCAAAAAUUAAUGGUGAUGUUCGACGUACACCAGCAGAACCAAAAUUGAAUGGAGAUAUUAAGAGGAGGCCUGAGGAUAGGACUCAAAGGACUAGAAAGCCAGUAGAGAAAGUCAAUGAACCAGAAAGAUCUAGUGUGCGACCAUCAAGACUUUCACAAACUCCCAGAAAAGCUCCUACAACAAGGUCACCUGACAAGCGGGAGCCAGUAAAACCUUUGUCCUCUAGGACUCCUGACAGGAAAAGUCCUACCAAACCUUCUGAGAGAAGUCCCAAGAGUCGCUCUCCAGAUUUUGAAUCAAAAGAGAAACCCAAAUCAUCACUCUCUGUUCCUGAGCCAAGGGACCCUGUGGUCACACUCCCUGAAACCCCAAUGACAGAGGAUAUGAAAUAUCUCCCAGUUGAUGAUGAACUUGGCCCUGUAAUUGAAGAUGUGUCCUGUGAGCCAGAUUUACCAUAUCACACUAUCCACAGGCCCUCAAUUGUCCGAGAACCAUCUGAGUAUAAUGCUCGUGAUUCUCAAGAGGAGGGAUCUGAUUCUGCAUGUGAAGAACAACCUGAGCACCCUGAAGAGUUGUCCGAUACUGAAUUUAAAGAUGCAAAACCUGUCAAGAGCAGCAGGAAGCCUAAAGAAUCAUCGCCUGUAAGAGAAGAGAUUAGUAAGCCAAGAAAAACUAGGCCUUUGGAAAGUCGUCCAAGUGAUAAAUCUCUCUCUCCCAAGGAUGAAGCACCAAAGAAGAAACAGCCAGACACGAGAAGAACGACGAGAGACAGACCAUGGCUGACAGAGAAGCGGAACUCUUUUGAAAAGAAACCAAGUGAGCCUAAGCUGUCUGCUGUGAAGCCUGAUGAUGACAAAAAAAUAGAGAAAAAGAAGCCAUUUGAGCGAAAACCCAGUGAAGAAGCAAUUGUGAAGCCAAAAGAAGAAAAACCAUAUGAAAAACUUCCUGAUGAAGAAAGUUAUUUCUCUAGUGACAGUGAAGAGAAGGAAAAUGGAGUUUCUGAAGAAACAACAGAAGAGUUGAUGCCAUCUACCCAAGAAGUUCCAGAAGACGUCAGAAAAUUACCAAAGAAAACAGAAGAAAUGCCUGCAAAACUGGCUGAUUACGAAAAGUCUGUUGCUUCUCGAAUAAUUACAGAGAAGAAUGAGAAAAAUAUUACCACAUCAGAAGUUGCAGCUAGAAGAUCUGUCUUUAAUGCCAGACUUUCUCAGCCUGAUACCAAGAAAGACAAGCCUACACGAAAGCCAUCUUACGAGAUAAAAGAAUCUGUAUUCUCAAAGAGGUCAAUGUUUGAACAGCCAAAACAAGACCCCAUUCCAGCACCCAUAAGGAAGCCCUUAUUUAAAUCAUCAGUCAAGAAAGAAGAAAAGCCUAAGAAACCAGAGGACCGAAAGCCUGUCAGGGAACCAGUUAUAGUGCCCAAAUACUUCCACCCACUUGGCGAAGGUGAUUCAGAUGAACCAGUGGAAAAGACUGCUCCAGAACCAGUAGAAGAUGACAUCAAAAUGACGUCCAGCAAGCUUGUGAUGAAUGCCAUGGCCACAACUAGCCAUACUCGUACGACAGAGGAACGUAGGGAAUCGACAAAACAAGAACCAUCUUUUGAGGAUGAAAUUAUUCCUGUAGAAAAAGAUACUAUAAAGCCUUUGAAGAAAGACCGGUCCCCUUCACCCUAUUCAAGAGAGAGUCCAUCACUCUCUCACAGCAAGGAAGGAUCCCCCACACCUCGUAGCAAGGAACCAUCUCCUGCACCAUUUUCCAAGGAGGGAUCCCCAACCAGGUUCAUCACAGGACGACCAAUUGACAGUGGAAUCAACACCAACAAAAUUCGGCGCAUUGAGCGUACAAGUAGCAACAAAAAGUUGAUAGAAGACUUAGAGGUCUCCCGAGACAGCCUCCCUCAGUACCUCUCUUCCAUUGAGACCAUUUUUGAUGUUACAAUUCUCGAAAAUAUGUUGGAGAAAGCAGAAACAUAUGAAGAGCGUCGUAUAAUUCGAGGACAGUUGAGAAUAGCUAAGCGCCCAGGAAGCCGCACCACCACGACAUCCACCCCCUCAUCUUGGACAUCCCCAUCGAAGCCGUCCACUACUACAGUCUCAUCUCAACCAAGACGUCCUACGGAGCAAAGAGCAACCAAACCUAAACAUACAGAGGACUCAAGUCUCGAUGACACCCGGCAAAAACCUCUCUCAAAAUCCUCACUACAUCCGGAGGAUGACUAUCCUGUCCCUGCACCUUCAGAAAAUGAGAAACCUGGAUCAACCAGGAAAUAUCCCGAGGAUGAACCAGAGAAGCAUAAGCAGCCUGAAGAACCCAGGGAGUCAGAGAGGCCUAGAUACACCAGGAAAUAUCCUAAAGAUGAACCAGAGAAGUAUAAGCAGCCUGAAGAACCCAGGGAGUCAGAGAGACCUAGAUCAACCAGGAAAUAUCCUGAAGAUGAACCAGAGAAGUAUAAGCAGCCUGAAGAACCCAGGGAGUCAGAGAGACCUAGAUACUCCAGGAAAUAUCCUGAAGAUGAACCAGAGAAGUAUAAGCAGCCUGAUGAACCCAGGGAGUCAGAGAGACCUAGAUACACCAGGAAAUAUCCUGAAGAUGAACCAGAGAAGUAUAAGCAGCCUGAAGAACCCAAGGAGUCAGAGAGACCUAGAUACACCAGGAAAUAUCCUGAAGAUGAACCAGAGAAGUAUAAGCAGCCUGAAGAACCCAGGGAGUCAGAGAGACCUAGAUCAACCAGGAAAUAUCCUGAAGAUGAACCAGAGAAGUAUAAGCAGCCUGAUGAACCCAGGGAGUCAGAGAGACCUAGAUACACCAGGAAAUAUCCUGAAGAUGAACCAGAGAAGUAUAAGCAGCCUGAAGAACCCAAGGAGUCAGAGAGACCUAGAUACACCAGGAAAUAUCCUGAAGAUGAACCAGAGAAGUAUAAGCAGCCUGAAAAACCCAAGGAGCCAGAGAGACCUAGAUACACUAGGAAAUAUCCUGAAGAUGAACCAGAGAAGUAUAAGCAACCUGAAGAACCCAAGGAAUCAGAGAGACCUAGAUCAACCAGGAAAUAUCCUGAAGAUGAACCAGAGAAGUAUAAGCAGCCUGAAGAACCCAGGGAGUCAGAGAGACAGGUGAAGCCUGAGGAACCCAGGAAAUUUGGCCGAUAUUCCAAACCUGAAGAGCCAAAGAAAUAUGUGUCUUCUUCUAGGAUUCCAGAAUCCAGCAAACCUGAAAAGAGACAAACUCAGCCAACAAAAACGGCACCAUCGGACGAGCCGUACUCAGAGCCUCUGAGGUAUCAGAAAGGGCAAAGCCGCACUCCGUCUAAACCCGCAGCAGAACAGACAGAUGUGGACAAGAUUAUCAGUGCUUAUGGUGUGGGACCCACAGAUGAGAAUGGCUUGCCACUGUUUGGCCUUAGAGCUCUGAAGAGACGAUCACCGCCCACUACAUGUGUGAGUACUCCCAGGGAGGAGCAGGCAGAACCUCGUGAUGAGGAGCCAAAAACUGUGGAGGAGCCAGAGCCAUACUCAGAGCCAGAAGAGCCCAAGAAGGAAGAAUAUGUGCCUAAAGACUCUUCUGGUAGACCUCUAUUUGGCCUUCGAGCUCUCAGAAAGCCCUCACCUACAACCACCUCUGUAACGACUACAGAAGCGACAUCAGAGAGAGCCACUUCAGUUCUUCAAAAACGAGAGAUUGCAUCAUCAGUGGUGGAGAGCAGUCGUCUGGUGUCCAGUGUGGUGUCUCAGCGUGCCACUCAUGCAACUGAUGUGGUCAGCACAGAGUCCCCCCUAGACUCUGAGAGUCCGGAACCGGAGGACCUUGAGAGUGAUAGCGAGGACGAGACUGAAUCACUCGAACACUACUCCGAUGAAGAGGAAACCUCUCCUGGUUUGGUAAGAAACCUAAGAGAUUCCUUAAAAAAGAAGAAUCUGACAGAGGAGCCUCGGCCAACAACAAAAUCCACACCACGCCUCAGAGACACCCCUAGUGGCCAGUCACCAGACCAGUCCGGCUCGGGCCCUGAAGAUGAAGUUAUUUCCCGAAGGUCACAGCCACUGAAAGAAAUUCUGAAAUUACAUGAAUCUAAAGUGCAAGAACCAGCAGUUGUGGAGGAGUCCCCACGCCUCAAGCCAAAGCAGAGGCUUCGGGAGAACUUUGAGACAACAUCUGAAACAGAAGAGAGUCGUGUUCACAAAACAUGGGACCUGGAGACUGAUCUCAGCACUCGGUCACUUGACAUGAAGAACAUCAUUGCCCGUCACGAGACUAUAACAUCAGAGGAGACACCCAAAGCCAAGAAAUUAACUGGAAUCUUAAAAAAGACAUCGAGCUCAAAUAUUCUCGGCACAGAUACUCGUUCCAUCGUCACUUCUGAAAUAACCAUAGACAAUGAAACUAAAGAGGAUUUGAAAGUUAAAGACCAGCUCAGUUCUCCCGAUGAUAUCCUGGAUACAUUGACGGAGGACCAGAUCACACGGCUGUCUGAGGAAUUUGAUCUCCGAGCGCAAGAGGACGGAGUCAUCAAAACAGAAGAGUCAGUGGAGGAGCUGAGUGGUGGGUACCGGGUAGCCUCCAGGACGGAGGCAGAUCAUCCCGAUGGUUUCAAAUUUGUUAGAAAGACAUCGUACACUGAGAUCAAGCUGCAGCAACCGAGCAAGGAGGAGGGUACCCUUCCUGAUGAUCUCAGCUAUCAUAAACACCCUGACACUGACAUAAAGCAAACAACUGAAUAUGACAGUACGGACACACAUAGACGUAUUUCACAAGUAAUAUCAAAAACUUCCAAGGAAAGUACAGUAAGAAAAACAUCAUCAACUAUAUCGAGCUUGAAGAUUGGCGAGUUAUCGAAACCACAUCAACCGAAAAAAGAUAUUGAAUCUGGAAAGAAAAAGGUUCCCCAAAAACUUGAAGAUGAUGAAAAGGAUGAAAGAAAAAAGAUCUCAAGUAAGCCAGGUUAUAAACAGGAAACAAGGAGAACAAGUCCAAGCAGGCCAGGUGAUGAACCAGAAACACAAAAGAAAAGCCCAAGCAGGCCAAGUGAUCAACCAGAAACACGAAAGAAAAGCCCAAGCAGGCCAAGUGAUCAACCAGAAACACGAAAGAAAAGCCCAAGCAGGCCAGGUGAUGAACCAGAAACACGGAAGAGAAGUCCAAGCAGGCCAGGUGAUGAACCAGAAACACGGAAGAAAAGUCCAAGCAGGCCAGGUGAUGAACCAGAAACACAGAAGAGAAGUCCAGGCAAGCCAGGUGAUGAUAAACCAAAGACCAUAAAGAGGACACCAGGCAGGCCAGGUGAUGAACAACCAGAGCUCAUAAAGAGAAGACCAGGCAGGCCAGGUGAAGAUGAACCAGAGACCACAAAGAGGAGACCAGGCAGGUCAGGUGAAGAUGAACCAGAGACCACAAAGAGGAGGCCAGGCAGGCCAGGUGAUGAUGAACCAGAGACCACAAAGAGGAGACCAGGCAGGCCAGGUGAUGUUGAACCAGAGACCAUAAAGAGGAGACCAGGCAGGCCAAGCAAAGAUGAACCAGAGACCAUAAAGAAGAGACCAGGCCGGCCAGGUGAUGAUGAACCAGAGACCACAAAGAGGAGACCAGGCAGGCCAGGUGAUGAUGAACCAGAGACCACAAAGAGGAGACCAGGCAAACCAGGUGAAGAUGAACCAGAGACCAUAAAGAGGAGACCAGGCAGGUCAGGUGAUGAUGAACCAGAGACCAUAAAGAGGAGACCAGGCAGGCCAGGUGAUGAUGAACCAGAGACUACAAAGAGGAGACCAGGCAGGCCAGGUGAAGAGGAACCAGAGACCAUAAAGAGGAGACCAGGCAGGCCAGGUGAUGAUGAACCAGAGACCACAAAGAGGAGACCAGGCAGGUCAGGUGAAGAUGAACCAGAGACCAUAAAGAGGAGACCAGGCAAACCAGGUGAUGAGGAACCAGAUGAGAUACAGAGGAGACCAGGCAGGCCAGGUGAUGAGGAACCAGAUGAGAUAAAGAGGAGACCAGAUAGGCCAGGUGGAGAUGAACCAGAGACCAUAAAGAGGAGACCAGGCAGGCCAGGUGAUGAUGAACCAGAGACCAUAAAGAGGAGACCAGAUAGGCCAGGUGAAGAUGAACCAGAGACCACAAAGAGGAGACCAGGCAAGCCAGGUGAAGAUGAACCAGAGACCACAAAGAGGAGACCAGGCAGGCCAGAUGAAGAUGAACCAGAGACCAUAAAGAGGAGACCAGGCAGGCCAGGUGAUGUUGAACCAGAGACCACAAAGAGGAGACCAGGCAGGCCAGAUGAAGAUGAACCAGAGACCAUAAAGAGGAGACCAGGCAGGCCAGGUGAAGAGGAACCAGAGACCAUAAAGAGGAGACCAGGCAGGCCAGGUGAUGAUGAACCAGAGACCACAAAGAUGAGACCAGGCAGACCAGGUGAAGAGGAACCAGAGACCACAAAGAGGAGACCAGGCAGGCCUGGCGAAGAGGAACCAGAGACCACAAAGAGGAGACCAGGCAGACCAGGUGAUGAUGAACCAGAGACUACAAAGAGGAGACCAGGCAGGCCAGGGGAUGAUGAACCAGAGAUCACAAAGAGGAGACCAGGCAGGCCAGGUGAAGAUGAACCAGAAACCAUAAAGAGGAGACCAGGCAGGCCAGGUGAUGAUGAACCAGAGACUACAAAGAGGAGACCAGGCAGGCCAGGUGAUGAUGAUGAACCAGAGACUACAAAGAGGAGACCAGGCAGGCCAGGUGAAGAGGAACCAGAGACCAUAAAGAGGAGACCAGGCAGGCCAGGUGAUGAUGAACCAGAGACCACAAAGAGGAGACCAGGCAGGCCAGGUGAUGAUGAACCAGAGACCACAAAGAGGAGACCAGGCAGGCCAGGUGAUGAUGAACCAGAGACCACAAAGAGGAGACCAGGCAGGCCUGGUGAAGAGGAACCAGAGACCAUGAAGAGGAGACCAGGCAGGCCAGGUGAAGAUGAACCAGAGACCACAAAGAGGAGACCAGGCAGGCUGGGUGAAGAGGAACCAGAGACCACAAAGAGGAGACCAGGCAGGCCAGGUGAAGAGGAACCAGAGACCAUAAAGAGGAGACCAGGCAGGCCAGGUGAAGAUGAACCAGAGACCACAAAGAGGAGACCAGGCAGGCCAGGUGAAGAGGAACCAGAGACCACAAAGAGGAGACCAGGCAGACCAGGUGAUGAUGAACCAGAGACUACAAAGAGGAGACCAGGCAGGCCAGGUGAUGAUGAACCAGAGACCACAAAGAGGAGACCAGGCAGGCCAGGUGAUGAUGAACCAGAGACCACAAAGAGGAAGCCAGGCAGACCAGGUGAAGAGGAACCAGAGACCAUAAAGAGGAGACCAGGCAGGCCAGGUGAUGAUGAACCAGAGACCACAAAGAGGAGACCAGGCAGGCCAGGUGAUGAUGAACCAGAGACCACAAAGAGGAGACCAGGCAGGCCAGGUGAUGAUGAACCAGAGACCACAAAGAGGAGACCAGGCAGGCCAGGUGAUGAUGAACCAGAGACCACAAAGAGGAGACCAGGCAGGCCAGGUGAUGUAGAGCCAGAAAUUUCAUUGGCAAAGGCUGUUGUUGGAAAUGAGAAAAUUAGCAUCAGGAAAGUAUCUAGUGAAUCGUAUAAAAGCAGCACAGUAAGCCAUAUGUCUGUUAGUUCAAUAACAUUAAAAACGAAGGAGAGUCUAAUACAGGAGGAAGAAAGGAGAAAAAUUAGUCCAGUUCGACCAGGUGAUGAACCAGAGACACGGAAGAGGAGCCCAAGCAGGCCAGGUGAUGAACCAGAGACACGGAAGAGGAGCCCAAGCAGGCAAGGUGAUGAACCAGAGACACGGAAGAGGAGCCCAAGCAGGCCAGGUGAUGAACCAGAGACACGGAAGAGAAGUCCAAGCAGGCCAGGUGAUGAACCAGAGACACGGAAGAGAAGUCCAAGCAGGCCAGGUGAUGAACCAGAGACACGGAAGAGAAGUCCAAGCAGGCCAGGUGAUGAACCAGAGACACGGAAGAGGAGCCCAAGCAGGCCAGGUGAUGAACCAGAAACACGGAAGAGGAGCCCAAGCAGGCCAGGUGAUGAACCAGAAACAUGGAAGAGGAGCCCAGUUCGGCCAGGUGAUGAACCAGAGACACGGAAGAGGAGCCCAGUUCGGCCAGGUGAUGAACCAGAGACACGGAAGAGGAGCCCAAGCAGGCCAGGUGAUGAACCAGAAACACGGAAGAGGAGCCCAAGCAGGCCAGGUGAUGAACCAGAAACAUGGAAGAGGAGCCCAGUUCGGCCAGGUGAUGAACCAGAGACACGGAAGAGGAGCCCAGUUCGGCCAGGUGAUGAACCAGAGACACGGAAGAGGAGCCCAAGCAGGCCAGGUGAUGAACCAGAAACACGGAAGAGGAGCCCAAGCAGGCCAGGUGAUGAACCAGAAACAUGGAAGAGGAGCCCAGUUCGGCCAGGUGAUGAACCAGAGACACGGAAGAGGAGCCCAGUUCGGCCAGGUGAUGAAUCUGAGACUACAAAGAGGAGACCAGUCAGGCCAAAUGAUAAGGAACCGGAGACGACAAAGAGGCCUGGUAGGCCAGGUGAUGAGGUACCAGAGGCCGUAAAGAGACCAGGCAGGCCAGGUGAAAAGGAACCAGAAACCACUAAGAGGAGACCAGGCAGGCCAGGUGAAGAAGAGCCAGAAACUACAAAGAGGAGACCAGGGGGAAAGGAACCAGAGACCACAAAGAGGAGACCAGGCAGGCCAGGUGAUGAUGAACCAGACACCACUAAGAGGAGACCAGGCAAGCCUGGUGAUGAAGAACCAGACACCACUAAGAGGAGACCAGUCAAGCCUGGUGAUGAAGAACCAGAGACCACAAAGAGGAGACCAGUCAAGCCUGGUGAUAAUGAACCAGAGACCACAAAGAGGAGACCAGGCAAGCCUGGUGAUGAAGAACCAGAGACCACAAAGAGGAGACCAAGUAGACGAAGUGGUCAAACAGAUGUAGUUAAUAUUAAUAAAAUAUCAACAGAAUCUUAUGAAACCAGUGUUGUCAGUCGUUCAAUUAUAAGCAAAACAACUGCUACUGAAGUUUCGAGUCAGUUCGUCGAAACCACCGAAGAAUUAGAAACAUUUAAAGAUAAACCAUUUAAACCAGAAAUGACAGUUAAAAAACCUGGAAUUAAACCAGUAAAUGAAAAACCUGAUAUAGCAAAGAGGAGACCAGGCAGGCCAGGUGAUGAAGAACCAGAGACCACUAAGAGGAGACCAGGCAGGCCAGGUGAUGAAGAACCAGAUGCUACUAAGAGGAGACCAGGCAGGCCAGAUGAUGAAGAACCAGAUAGCACAAAGAGGAGACCAGGCAGGCCAGGUGAUGAAGAACCAGAUGCUACUAAGAGGAGACCUGGCAGGCCAGAUGAUGAAGAACCAGAUAGCACUAAGAGGAGACCAGGCCGGCCAAGUGAUGAGGAACCAGAGACCAUAAAGAGGAGACCAGGCAGGCCAGGUGAUGAGGAACCAGAGACCACUAAGAAGAGACCAGGCAGGCCAGGUGAUGAGGAACCAGAGGCCACUAAGAGGAGACCAGGCAGGCCAAGUGACGAGGAACCAGAUGCUACUAAGAGGAGACCAGGCAGGCCAGAUGAUGAAGAACCAGAUGCUACUAAGAGGAGACCAGGCAGGCCAGAUGAUGAAGAACCAGAUAGCACAAAGAGGAGACCAGGCAGGCCAGGUGAUGAAGAACCAAAGACCACUAAGAGGAGACCAGGCAAGCCAGGUGAUGAGGAACCAGAUAGCACAAAGAGGAGACCAAGCAGGCCAGGUGAUGAAGAACCAGAGAAGAUAAAGAGGAAACCAGGGAGGCCAGGUGAUGAAGAACCAGAGACCAUAAAGAGGAGACCAGGCAGGCCAGGUGAUGAGGAACCAGAGACCAUAAAGAGGAGACCAGGCAGACCAGGUGAUGAAGAACCAGAGACCACUAAGAAGAGACCAGGCAGGCCAGGUGAUGAAGAACCAGACACCACUAACAGGAGACCAGGCAGGCCAGGUGAUGAAGAACCAGAUAGCACGAAGAGGAGACCAGGCAGGCCAGGUGAUGAGGAACCAGAGACCACAAAGAGGAGACCAGGCAAGCCAGGUGAUGAGGAACCAGACACCACUAAGAGGAGACCAGGCAGGCCAGAUGAUGAAGAACCAGAUAGCACAAAGAGGAGACCAGGCAGGCCAGGUGAUGAAGAACCAGAGACCACUAAGAGGAGACCAGGCAUGCCAGGUGAUGAAGAACCAGAUGCUACUAAGAGGAGACCAGGCAGGCCAGGUGAUAAGCAACCAGAGACCACGAAGAGGAGACCAGGCAGGCCAGGUGAUGAGGAACCAGAGACCACUAAGAGGAGACCAGGCAGGCCAGGUGAUGAGGAACCAGAUGAGAUCAAGAGGAGACCAGGCAGGCCAGGUGAUGAAGAACCAGAUGCUACUAAGAGGAGACCAGGCAGGCCAGGUGAUGAGGAACCAGACACCACUAAGAGGAGACCAGGUAGGCCAGGUGAUGAAGAACCAGAUAGCACAAAGAGGAGACCAGGCAGGCCAGGUGAUGAAGAACCAGAUGCUACUAUGAGGAGACCAGGCAGGCCAGAUGAUGAAGAACCAGAUGCUACUAAGAGGAGACCAGGCAGGCCAGAUGAUGAAGAACCAGUUAGCACUAAGAGGAGACCAGGCAGGCCAGGUGAUGAAGAACCAGAUGCUACUAAGAGGAGACCAGGCAGGCCAGAUGAUGAAGAACCAGAUAGCACAAAGAGGAGACCAGGCAGGCCAGGUGAUGAGGAACCAGACACCACUAAGAGGAGACCAGGCAGGCCAGAUGAUGAAGAACCAGAUAGCACAAAGAGGAGACCAGGCAGGCCAGGUGAUGAAGAACCAGAUGCUACUAAGAGGAGACCAGGCAGGCCAGAUGAUGAAGAACCAGUUAGCACUAAGAGGAGACCAGGCAGGCCAGGUGAUAAUGAACCAGAGACCACAAAGAGGAGACCAGGCAGGCCAGGUGAUGAAGAACCAGAGACCACGAAGAGGAGACCAGGCAGGCCAGGUGAUGAAGAACCAGAGACCACAAAGAGGAGACCAGGCAGGCCAGGUGAUGAAGAACCAGAGACCACAAAGAGGAGACCAGGCAGGCCAGGUGAUGAAGAACCAGAGACCACAAAGAGGAGACCAGGCAGGCCAGGUGAUGAAGAACCAGAGACCACGAAGAGGAGACCAAGUAGACGAAGUGAUCAAACAGAUGUAGUUAAUAUUAAUAAAAUAUCAACAGAAUCUUAUGAAACCAGUGUUGUCAGUCGUUCAAUUAUAAGCAAAACAACUGCUACCGAAGUUUCGAGUCAGUUCAUCGAAACCACCGAAGAAUUAGAAACAUUUAAAGAUAAAUCAUUUAAACCAGAAAUGACAGUUAAAAAACCUGGAAUUAAAGCAGUAAAUGAAAAACCUGAUAUAGCAAAGAGGAGACCAGGCAGGCCAGGUGAUGAAGAACCAGAGACCACAAAGAGGAGACCAGGCAGGCCAGGUGAUGAAGAACCAGAGACCACUAAGAGGAGACCAAGCAGGCCAGGUGAUGAAGAACCAGAUGCUACUAAAAGGAGACCAGGCAGGCCAGGUGAUGAUGAACCAGAGACCAUAAAGAGGAGACCAGGCAAGCCAGGUGAUGAAGAACCAGAGACCAUAAAGAGGAGACCAGGCAGGCCAGGUGAUGAAGAACCAAAUGCUACUAAGAGGAGACCAGGCAGGCCAGGUGAUGAUGAACCAGAGACCAUAAAGAGGAGACCAGGCAGGCCAGGUGAUGAAGAACCAGAGACCAUAAAGAGGAGACCAGGCAGGCCAGGUGAUGAAGAACCAGAGACCACAAAGAGGAGACCAGGCAGGCCAGGUGAUGAGGAACCAGAGACCACUGAGAGGAGACCAGGCAGGCCAGGUGAUGAUGAACCAGAGACCAUAAAGAGGAGACCAGGCAAGCCAGGUGAUGAAGAACCUGAGACCAUAAAGAGGAGACCAGGCAGGCCAGGUGAUGAAGAACCAGAGACCACUAAAAGAAGACCAGGCAGGCCAGGUGAUGAAGAACCAGAGACCACUAAGAGGAGACCAGGCAAGCCAGGUGAUGAGGAACCAGAGACCAUAAAGAGGAGACCAGGCAAGCCAGGUGAUGAAGAACCAGAUAGCACUAAGAGGAGACCAGGCAGGCCAGGUGAUGAGGAACCAGAUACCACAAAGAGGAGACCAAGCAGGCCAGGUGAUGAGGAACCAGAUAGCACAAAGAGGAGACCAGGCAGGCCAGGUGAUGAGGAACCAGAUAGCACAAAGAGGAGACCAGGCAGGCCAGGUGAUGAGGAACCAGAUAGCACAAAGAGGAGACCAGGCAGGCCAGGUGAUGAAGAACCAGAUACCACAAAGAGGAGACCAAGCAGGCCAGGUGAUGAGGAACCAGAGGCCAUAAAGAGGAGACCAGGCAGGCCAGGUGAUGAAGAACCAGAUAGCACUAAGAGGAGACCAGGCAGGCCAGGUGAUGAGGAACCAGAGAUCACUAAGAGGAGACCGGGCAGGCCAGGUGAUGAAGAACCAGAUACCAUAAAGAGGAGACCAGGCAGGCCAGGUGAUGAAGAACCAGAGACCAUAAAGAGGAGACCGGGCAGGCCAGGUGAUGAAGAACCAGAUACCACAAAGAGGAGACCAAGCAGGCCAGGUGAUGAGGAACCAGAGGCCAUAAAGAGGAGACCAGGCAGGCCAGGUGAUGAAGAACCAGAUACCACAAAGAGGAGACCAGGCAGGCCAGGUGAUGAGGAACCAGAUAGCACAAAGAGGAGACCAGGCAGGCCAGGUGAUGAGGAACCAGAGACCACAAAGAGGAGACCAGGCAGGCCAGGUGAUGAUGAACCUGAGGCCACUAAGAGGAGACCUGGCAGGCCAGGUGAUGAUGAACCUGAGGCCUCUAAGAGGAGACCAGGCAGGCCAGGUGAUGAGGAACCAGAUAGCACAAAGAGGAGACCAGGUGACAAACCAGAAACCACAAAGAGAAGACCAGGCAGGCCAGGGGAUGAAGAACCAGAGACCACAAAGAGGAGACCAAGUAGGGAAGGUGACGAGGAACCAAAGAAAACACUCACCAGACCUGGCAGGGAAACUCCCACAGAACCUACUAUUGUGGAGCUCACCAAAGUGGACACGGAAAUAUCACGGAGAUAUGAGACGUCUAUGACAGUCCAAAUGACAGAAGAUGUCUCUCAUACUUUAGUGGAAGAUUCCACACAUCAUGAAGAAAUUUAUUAUUAUGAAGAUGAGGAAUAUAGAAGUAGUGAGGAAUCUACUACUAGUGACUCGGAUACCAGUGACACGGAAAAGAAAGAAAAGAGAAAGAAGUCACCGAAGAUAAAAGUGCGUAAAGAUGUUCCGCAUAAGCCUCGAGACGUAAAGGAUUUGAAUAAGAAAAAGAGAAAAGAUACAGAAAAGUUAAGAGAAAAACCAGAAAAAGAUGAACCAGAACGUAUUGUUGGCAGAAUUCCUAAAGAUCAGUCCUUAACAGCAAAGAAACCAAGUAGACCUGAUAGAGAAGAGGAAAUCACGAGGAAGAAGCCGGAGAAAGGUAAAGUUGAGUUACGCAAGCCGGAAGAUGCUACCCGUAAACCUCUCGCUGACAAACAGGGAACAAUAAAGAGGACACCAGAUGACAAGAGAAAAGAUGUGACUAAGGGUGAUCAACUAAAACCCCAAAAGAGGAGACCAGGUGAUGAGCCAGAGACCAUAAAGAGGAGACCUGGUGAUGAGCCAGAGACCAUAAAGAGGAGACCUGGUGAUGAGCCAGAGGGAAUAAAGAGGAGACCAGGUGAUGAGCCAGGGACAAUAAAGAGGAGACCUGGUGAUGAGCCAGAGACCAUAAAGAGGAGACCAGGUGAUGAGCCAGAGACCAUAAAGAGGAGACCAGGUGAUGAGACAGAGACCAUAAAGAGGAGACCAGGUGAUGAGCCAGAGACCAUAAAGAGGAGACCAGGUGAUGAGCCAGAGGGAAUAAAGAGGAGACCAGGUGAUGAGCCAGAGACCAUAAAGAGGAGACCUGGUGAUGAGCCAGAGACCAUAAAGAGGAGACCAGGUGAUGAGCCAGAGACCAUAAAGAGGAGACCAGGUGAUGAGCCAGAGACCAUAAAGAGGAGACCAGGUGAUGAGCCAGAGACCAUAAAGAGGAGACCAGGUGAUGAGCCAGAGACCAUAAAGAGGAGACCAGGUGAUGAGCCAGAGACCAUAAAGAGGAGACCAGGUGAUGAGCCAGAGACCAUAAAGAGGAGACCUGGUGAUGAGCCAGAGGGAAUAAAGAGGAGACCAGGUGAUGAGCCAGGGACCAUAAAGAGGAGACCUGGUGAUGAGCCAGAGACCAUAAAAAGGAGACCAGGUGAUGAGCCAGAGAAAAUAAAUAGGAGAUCUGGUGAUGAGCCAGAGUCCAUAAAGAGGAGACCAGGUGAUGAGCCAGAGACCGUAAAGAGGAGACCAGGUGAUGAGCCAGAGACCGUAAAGAGGAGACCAGGUGAUGAGCCAGAGACCAUAAAGAGGAGACCUGGUGAUGAGCCAGAGGGAAUAAAGAGGAGACCUGGUGAUGAGCCAGAGGGAAUAAAGAGGAGACCAGGUGAUGAGCCAGAGACCAUAAAGAGGAGACAUGGUGAUGAGCCAGAGACCAUAAAGAGGAGACCAGGUGAUGAGCCAGAGACCAUAAAGAGGAGACCUGGUGAUGAGCCAGAGACCAUAAAGAGGAGACCUGGUGAUGAGCCAGAGACCAUAAAGAGGAGACCAGGUGAUGAGCCAGAGAAAAUAAAGAGGAGACCUGGUGAUGAGCCAGAGACCGUAAAGAGGAGACCAGGUGAUGAGCCAGAGACCGUAAAGAGGAGACCAGGUGAUGAGCCAGAGACCACAAAGAGGAGACCUCGCGAUGAGCCAGAGGGAAUAAAGAGGAGACCUGGUGAUGAGCCAGAGACCAUAAAGAGGAGACCAGGUGAUGAGCCAGAGAAAAUAAAGAGGAGACCUGGUGAUGAGCCAGAGACCGUAAAGAGGAGACCAGGUGAUGAGCCAGAGACCGUAAAGAGGAGACCAGGUGAUGAGCCAGAGACCAUAAAGAGGAGACCUGGUGAUGAGCCAGAGACCAUAAAGAGGAGACCAGGUGAUGAGCCAGAGACCAUAAAGAGGAGACCAGGUGAUGAGCCAGAGACCAUAAAGAGGAGACCUGGUGAUGAGCCAGAGACCAUAAAGAGGAGACCUGGUGAUGAGCCAGAGACCAUAAAGAGGAGACCUGGUGAUGAGCCAGAGACCAUAAAGAGGAGACCUGGUGAUGAGCCAGAGACCAUAAAGAGGAGACCUGGUGAUGAGCCAGAGACCAUAAAGAGGAGACCUGGUGAUGAGCCAGAGACCAUAAAGAGGAGACCUGGUGAUGAGCCAGAGACCAUAAAGAGGAGACCUGGUGAUGAGCCAGAGACCAUAAAGAGGAGACCUGGUGAUGAGCCAGAGACCAUAAAGAGGAGACCUGGUGAUGAGCCAGAGACCAUAAAGAGGAGACCUGGUGAUGAGCCAGAGACCAUAAAGAGGAGACCUGGUGAUGAGCCAGAGACCAUAAAGAGGAGACCUGGUGAUGAGCCAGAGACCAUAAAGAGGAGACCUGGUGAUGAGCCAGAGACCAUAAAGAGGAGACCUGGUGAUGAGCCAGAGACCAUAAAGAGGAGACCUGGUGAUGAGCCAGAGACCAUAAAGAGGAGACCUGGUGAUGAGCCAGAGACCAUAAAGAGGAGACCUGGUGAUGAGCCAGAGACCAUAAAGAGGAGACCUGGUGAUGAGCCAGAGACCAUAAAGAGGAGACCUGGUGAUGAGCCAGAGACCAUAAAGAGGAGACCUGGUGAUGAGCCAGAGACCAUAAAGAGGAGACCAGGUGAUAAGCCAGAGACCAUAAAGAGGAGACCAGGUGAUGAGCCAGAGACCAUAAAGAGGAGACCAGGUGAUGAACCAGAGACCAUAAAGAGGAGACCAGGUGAUGAGCCAGAGGGAAUAAAGAGGAGACCUGGUGAUGAGCCAGAGACCAUAAAGAGGAGACCUGGUGAGGAGCCAGAGACCAUAAAGAGGAGACCUGGUGAUGAGCCAGAGGGAAUAAAGAGGAGACCAGGUGAUGAACCAGAGACCAUAAAGAGGAGACCUGGUGAUGAGCCAGAGACCAUAAAGAGGAGACCUGGUGAUGAGCCAGAGGGAAUAAAGAGGAGACCUGGUGAUGAGCCAGAGGGAAUAAAGAGGAGACCAGGUGAUGAGCCAGAGACCAUAAAGAGAAGACCUGGUGAUGAGCCAGAGACCGUAAAGAGGAGACCAGGUGAUGAACCAGAGACCAUAAAGAGGAGACCUGGUGAUGAGCCAGAGACCAUAAAGAGGAGACCUGGUGAUGAGCCAGAGGGAAUAAAGAGGAGACCAGGUGAUGAGCCAGAGACCAUAAAGAGGAGACCUGGUGAUCAGCCAGAAACCAUAAAGAGGAGACCAGGUGAUGAGCCAGAGGGAAUAAAGAGGAGACCAGGUGAUGAGCCAGAGACAAUAAAGAGGAGACCAGGUGAUGAACCAGAGACCAUAAAGAGGAGACCAGGUGAUGAGCCAGAGACCAUAAAGAGAAGACCUGGUGAUGAGCCAGAGACCAUAAAGAGGAGACCAGGUGAUGAGCCAGAGACCAUAAAGAGGAGACCAGGUGAUGAGCCAGAAACCAUAAAGAGGAGACCAGGCAGGCCAGGUGAAGAGGAACCAGAGACGACAAAGAGGAGACCAGGCAGGCCAGGUGAAGAAGAGCCAGAAACCACAAAGAAGAGACCAGGUGAUGAGCCAGAGACCAUAAAGAGGAGACCAGGUGAUGAGCCAGAAACAAUAAAGAGGAGACCAGGUGAUGGGCCAGAAACCACAAAGAGGAGACCUGGUGAUGAACCAGAGACCAUAAAGAGGAGACCAGGUGAUGGGCCAGAGACCACAAAGAGGAGACCAGGCAGGCCUGGUGAAGAAGAGCCAGAAACCACAAAGAGGAGACCAGGCAGGCCAGGUGAUGAUGAACCAGAGUCCACAAAGAGGAGACCAGGCAGGCCAGGUGAAGAGGAACCAGAGACCACAAAGAGGAGACCAGGCAGGCCAGGUGAAGAGGAACCAGAGACCACAAAGAGGAGACCAGGCAGGCCAGGUGAAGAGGAACCAGAGACCAUAAAGAGGAGACCAGGCAGGCCAGGUGAUGAUGAACCAGAGUCCACAAAGAGGAGACCAGGCAGGCCAGGCAAAGAGGAACCAGAGACCACAAAGAGGAGACCAGGCAGGCCAGGUGAUGAUGAACCAGAGUCCACAAAGAGGAGACCAGGCAGGCCAGGUGAAGAGGAACCAGAGACCACAAAGAGGAGACCAGGCAGGCCAGGUGAAGAGGAACCAGAGACCAUAAAGAGGAGACCAGGCAGGCCAGGUGAAGAAGAACCAGAGACCACAAAGAGGAGACCAGGCAGGCCAGGUGAAGAGGAACCAGAGACCAUAAAGAGGAGACCAGGCAGGCCAGGUGAAGAAGAACCAGAGACCACAAAGAGGAGACCAGGCAGGCCAGGUGAAGAGGAACCAGAGACCACAAAGAGGAGACCAGGCAGGCCAGGUGAAGAGGAACCAGAGACCACAAAGAGGAGACCAGGCAGGCCAGGUGAAGAAGAACCAGAGACCACAAAGAGGCGACCAGGUGAUGAGCUAGAGACGAUAAAGAGGAGACCAGGUGAUGAGCCAGAGACCGUAAAGAGGAGACCUGGUGAUGAGCCAGAGACCAUAAAGAGGAGACCAGGUGAUGAGCCAGAGACCGUAAAGAGGAGACCUGGUGAUGAGCCAGAGGGAAUAAAGAGGAGACCAGGUGAUGAGCCAGAGACCGUAAAGAGGAGACCUGGUGAUGAGCCAGAGACCAUAAAGAGGAGACCAGGUGAUGAGCCAGAGGAAAUAAAGAGGAGACCAGAUGAUGAGCCAGAGACCAUAAAGAGGAGACCAGGUGAUGAGCCAGAAACUACAAAGAGGAGACCAGGCAGGCCAGGUGAAGAGGAACCAGAGACCACAAAGAGGAGACCAGGCAGGCCAGGUGAAGAGGAACCAGAGACCACAAAGAGGAGGCCAGGCAGGCCAGGUGAAGAGGAACCAGAGACCAUAAAGAGGAGACCAGGCAGGCCAGGUGAAGAAGAACCAGAGGCCACAAAGAGGAGACCAGGCAGGCCAGGUGAAGAGGAACCAGAGACCACAAAGAGGAGACCAGGCAGGCCAGGUGAUGAAGAACCGGAGACCACAAAGAGGAGACCAGGCAGGCCAGGUGAAGAAGAACCAGAGACCACAAAGAGGAGACCAGGCAGGCCAGGUGAAGAGGAACCAGAGACCAUAAAGAGGAGACCAGGCAGGCCAGGUGAAGAGGAACCAGAGACCAUAAAGAGGAGACCAGGCAGGCCAGGUGAAGAGGAACCAGAGACCACAAAGAGGAGACCAGGCAGGCCAGUUGAUGAUGAACCAGAGUCCACAAAGAGGAGACCAGGCAGGCCAGGUGAUGAAGAACCGGAGACCACAAAGAGGAGACCAGGCAGGCCAGGUGAAGAAGAACCAGAGACCACAAAGAGGAGACCAGGCAGGCCGGGUGAAGAAGAGCCAGAAACCACAAAGAGGAGACCAGGCAGGCCGGGUGAAGAAGAGCCAGAAACCACAAAGAGGAGACCAGGCAGGCCAGGUGAAGAGGAACCAGAGACCACAAAGAGGAGACCAGGCAGGCCGGGUGAAGAAGAGCCAGAAACCACAAAGAGGAGACCAGGCAGGCCGGGUGAAGAAGAGCCAGAAACCACAAAGAGGAGACCAGGCAGGCCGGGUGAAGAAGAACCAGAGACCACAAAGAGGAGACCAGGCAGGCCGGGUGAAGAAGAGCCAGAAACCACAAAGAGGAGACCAGGCAGGCCGGGUGAAGAAGAGCCAGAAACCACAAAGAGGAGACCAGGCAGGCCGGGUGAAGAAGAACCAGAGACCACAAAGAGGAGACCAGGCAGGCCAGGUGAAGAAGAGCCGGAAACCACAAAGAGGAGACCAGGCAGGCCGGGUGAAGAAGAGCCAGAAACCACAAAGAAGAGACCAGGCAGGCCGGGUGAAGAAGAACCAGAGACCACAAAGAGGAGACCAGGCAGGCCAGGUGAAGAAGAGCCGGAAACCACAAAGAGGAGACCAGGCAGGCCGGGUGAAGAAGAGCCAGAAACCACAAAGAGGAGACCAGGCAGGCCAGGUGAAGAAGAACCAGAGACCACAAAGAGGAGACCAGGCAGGCCAGGUGAAGAAGAGCCAGAAACCACAAAGAGGAGACCAGGCAGGCCGGGUGAAGAAGAGCCAGAAACCACAAAGAGGAGACCAGGCAGGCCAGGUGAAGAAGAACCAGAGACCACAAAGAGGAGACCAGGCAGGCCAGGUGAGGAAGAACCUGCUUUUAUUUCCCGAACUCCCACAAGAAAGAGCAGUAAACCUGGGUAUACUUUACCAGAGUAUCCAAGCAGAAGAACUGAUGAACCUGAAACUGGAGAAUCAGAAAAGGUGGUUGGUAGGAGACAGAUUAAAGUGAGCGAUAAGGAACCAGAGACUCCGAGGAGGAGAAAACCAAGUAGGCCUGAUGACAUAGCACCCAGGAGAAUCGAGAGAAAGACAGACGUACCUGAUAUCAAAGAUGUUGAACGGGAGAGAAAACCCAGCCGGGUUAGUGACUACGCCAGGAAGCCUGAGAAGCGCUUAAGUAGCACGAGCUUAGAUAGGAGUGAUGUUGUUUCUAAUAGAAGGUCACCAUUCUCCAGAAGGGGUCCUACCCCAGAGCCAGAUGACCGUUUGCGUAAAACGUCGAAGCCCAGAAAAUCAUCUGUCGACUCUGGCCAACCUCGUCGAAGGACGUCGAGUGUGGACAUGGAGAGUAGGACAUACAGCAUGCAGUCUUUGUCAGGGGUGUCUACCACUAGCUCUGUCCCCAGUUACAUGCGCCCCAGAGGCGAGUCGUGCAGCUGCCGGCGCCACACCCCAGAGAGAGACAUUCACGAAGUGGAAAAUUCCCUACUCAAUGCUUACCAAUACACUCGCUGCACGAAAAAAAUCACAAAGCCACCUGUAACUUACAACUACACCUACACUGUAAUGCCAGAUACUGCUGGUGGUGGCAGUGGAGGAUUGUAUUCAAUUUACUUUGGUCCGAAAGAUAGGCCUGUACCUCUUGAUGCAGGACAAACCCAGGGGCAUGUGCCCCGCUCAUCACCGUCUCGGGAGACACCUGUCCAUGUACCAAUUGAUCGUGUACCAGGUGAUUCAACAGACAUUCGGCCAGGUGAACCCACAGAUCGUCGACCAGGUGAACCCGCAGACCGUCGACCAGGUGAACCCACAGAUCGUCGACCAGGUGAACCCGCAGACCGUCGACCUGGUGAACCCACAGACCGUCGACCAGGUGAACCCACAGAUCGUCGACCAGGUGAACCCGCAGACCGUCGACCAGGUGAACCCACAGAUCGUCGACCAGGUGAACCCGCAGACCGUCGACCAGGUGAAUCAGCAGACCGUCGACCAGGUGAACCAGCUGACCGUCGAACAGGUGAACCCACAGAUCGUCGACCAGGUGAACCAGCAGACCGUCGACCAGGUGACUGGUAUGUUGAAAAGAGAGAACCAACAGACCAUCGACCAGGUGAACCCACAGAUCGUCGACCAGGUGAACCUGCAGAUCGUCGACCAGGUGAACCAACAGAUAGUCGACCAGGUGAACCAGCAGAUCGUCGACCAGGUGAACCAGCAGAUCGUCGACCAGGUGAACCUGCAGAUCGUCGACCAGGUGAACCUGCAGAUCGUCGACCAGGUGAACCUGCAGAUCGUCGACCAGGUGAACCAACAGAUCGUCGACCAGGUGAACCAACAGAUCGUCGACCAGGUGAACCAACAGAUCGUCGACCAGGUGAACCAGCAGAUCGUCGACCAGGUGAACCAAUAGAUCGUCGACCAGGUGAACCAACAGAUCGUCGACCAGGUGACCCAGCAGAUCGUCGACCAGGUGAACCAGCAGACCGUCGAACAGGUGAACCAGCAGAUCGUCGACCAGGUGAACCAGCAGACCGUCGACCAGGUGAACCAACAGAUCGUCGACCAGGUGAACCAAUGGGUCACCGACCAGGCGAACCAACAGUUCGACCAGAUGAACCAGCAUAUCGUCGACCAGGUGAUUGGAUUGUAUAUGGAGAUGAACCAAAUGCCCGUCGACCAGCUGAACCAACAGACCGUCGACCAGGUGACUGGAUUGUCUUAGGGGACGAACCAACAGGCCGUCGACCAACUGAACCCAUGGAUCAUGAGCCUGGUGAACCUAAAGCUCGUCGGCCAAGUGAACCAAUGGAUCGUCGACCAGGCCAAUCAACAGAACGUCGACCAGGUGAUUGGAUUAUCUAUGGAGAUGAACCAACAGGCCGUCGACCAGAUGAUCAAAUAUACCGCCGACCAGGUGACUGGUAUGUUGAGAGACAAGAGCCAUCAGAUCGUCGACCAGAUGAACCAGUAGAUCGUCGACCAGGUGAACCAUCUGACCGUCGACCAGGUGAACCAACAGAUCGUCGACCAGGUGAACCAACAGAUCGUCGACCAGGUGAACCAACAGAUCGUCUACCAGGUGAACCAACAUACGGUCGACCAGGUGAACCAACGGAUCGUCGACCAGGUGAACCAACAGAUCGUCGACAAGGUGAACCAACAGAUCGUCGACCAGGUGAACCAACAGAUCGUCGACCAGGUGAACCAACAUACGUUCGACCAGGUGAACCAACGGAUCGUCGACCAGGUGAACCAACAGAUCGUCGACCAGGUGAACUAACAGAUCGUCGACCAGGUGAACCAACAUAUGGUCGACCAGGUGAACCAACAUAUGGUCGACCAGGUGAACCAACAGACCGUCGACCAGGUGAACCAACAGAUCGUCGACCAGGUGAACCAACAGAUCGUCGACCAGGUGAACCAACAUAUGGUCGACCAGGUGAACCAGGAGAUCGUCGACCAGGUGAACCAACAGAUCGUCGACCAGGUGAACCAACAUACGGUCGACCAGGUGAACCAACUGACCGUCGACUAGGUGAACCAACUGACCGUCGACCAGGUGAACCAACAGAUCGUCGACCAGGUGAACCAACAGAUCGUCGACCAGGUGAACCAACAGACCGUCGACCAGGAGAACCAGCAGAUCGUCGACCAGGUGAACCAACAUACGGUCGACCAGGUGAACCAACUGACCGUCGACCAGGUGAACCAACAUACGGUCGACCAGGUGAACCAACAGAUCGUCGACCAGGUGAACCAACAGAUCGUCGACCAGGUGAACCAACAGAUCGUCGACCAGGUGAACCAAUAGACGGAUCUCCGGGUGUGAGAGAGCAACAUAAGGGGACAGAAACAUACGGUAGACAGCCGUGGGACGGGCUUCCGUUCUCCACCAUCCGAGAGCUUGAUGUACGCGAUGUUGACACUUGCCAAAAUGAAUUUGUCAUUCGUAGGUCCACACGGGACACAGAGACACACACAGACGAUAGACAGAUGACUAGCGAGACGGUUGCCUAUCACAGUAGUGUUGGACCGGAUGGGCGCCCCCUGCGUGGGCCGGAUGGGAGCCCCCUGCUUGAGCAGUCAGGCUUCCCUGGUGGUGGGGUGCAGGGCACUCUACAUUACCAUACGUCUGGGCGUCCCAUGCCUGAUGGGGUAUCCAAGGAGGCAUGGAUUGGGUAUGAUCGAAGAGACGUUGGUGAAUCUCGAGUUUACGACGUCCACUCAGACAUCCGGACAAUAGGCACUGACGACAGGUACAGUGGUGGUGACGAAGGUUCCCUCCAGUGGAGACACGUGACAGGUAGAGAGCCGGUUACCAGCGACGCCAGAAGCGACUACAUCACCUACAGGCAUGACGGUACAGGUGAAGUCGUAAGCGACCAUACUGCAACCACUUUUGACAGACGACCCACGCACGAACAGGCUGGGUACGUCAGGUACGGACACGAUGGCGAGGGGUCGUGGCGUGUCGUUGGCGGCCAAGAUGCCCAGGUGGCACUCAGCACCUUGGAGCGGGAGCAGCAGUCGGCCAGGGAGUGGCGUAAGUGGUCACUUGUUAGCUGGCAUCGCAGGUGUGGAGGCAGACACGCACCUCUUGCCACCAUGUUCUGCAUCGCCACCAUGCUUUUUUUGCGCGCCCCUAACCGCCUUCUUAACCAAGCCUUCAGACUCUGUCCCUGGUGCGAGAGAGACCACAACAACCAGGACGCGAAAGUGUUACAAAUUACUCAUAACGAAAUGUUCUUUCCCCCCUCACAGAGACGUCGUCACCCACUUUCCCCCCUCACAGAGACGUCGUCACCCACUUCCACCAUUGUCUACCAGUCCUUGUACAGAUAUUUUUCAAGGUUUAUGGUUAUUAUUGACAAUUCUUCUCUCUAAUAUCAAGGAAAUAUUUACUGUGUAGCUGGUCUAACACUUGCAAGACCUGGAGGGGUUGACACUCCUUCUCUUGGACAGGUCUGCUAAGGUUGCGGGAUGCUCUACCACCUCUCUCACACGUCAGCACAACAUAAGUUUACAGUUUACAGCACAGUUUACAUCAGCCAAGAUUGAUCAAGGAUUUACGUGCUUACUUAAGGAAACUUGAACAUCUUAUCAUGGAUGGCGGCUUUGUCUGCAUUUCCUAAGCAGUUUAUGAGCGUCUAAGCUUAGCGACCCGAGGAUAUUAUAUCAGACGUCCUUGUAGGUCUCCGGCGGCACUCAAGAAUUGUUUAUUAAAUGCAAAAUGAGCCGCCGUGAUUGAAGAAAGAUGAAGAGGUUUCGCCAGUGGGCAUGUAGAUGCUUGAUAGAUCCAGGCUGCCCUUGUAACUUGGUGACACUGUGCAUGGUUAACGCUGCAUGAGGGCGGAACAUUAUGAGGUAUACAUGCCAGGUGAGGCAGUGAGGCCUCCUCACCUGGCCCCCGACUCCCAGUACUACCACCUCAUCCUUGACUUGCUGCUGUCUUCUUCUCUAUCACCUCCAUAACUGAACUCACCCCCUCACUAUAUUGUUCACACCACUCACUAUAUUGUUCACACCACUCACUAUAUUGUUCACACCACUCACUAUAUUGUUCUCAGUACUCACUAUAUUGUUCACACCACUCACUAUAUUGUUCACACCACUCACUAUAUUGUUCACACCACUCACUAUAUUGUUCACACCACUCACUAUAUUGUUCUCACCACUCACUAUAGUGUUCACACCACUCACUAUAGUGUUCACACCACUCACUAUAUUGUUCACACCCCUCACUAUAUUGUUCUCACCACUCACUAUAUUGUUCACACCACUCACUAUAGUGUUCACACCACUCACUAUAUUGUUCUCACCACUCACUAUAUUGUUCACACCACUCACUAUAUUGUUCACACCACUCACUAUAGUGUUCUCACCACUCACUAUAGUGUUCACACCACUCACUAUAGUGUUCACACCACUCACUAUAUUGUUCACACCACUCACUAUAGUGUUCACACCACUCACUAUAGUGUUCACACCACUUACUAUAUUGUUCUCAACCAUCACUCUAUUGUUCUCAUCUUCAGCCUACUGUCCUUACCUUCACCCUGGUUUCCUCAAUCUGGUGUCUUGAUGGACGAUUGAUUGAUUGAUAAAGAUUAAGCCACCCAAAAGGUGGCACGGGCAUGAAUAGCCCGUAAGUGGUGGCCCUUUUGAGCCAUUACCAGUAUCAAGAGCUGAUACUGGAGAUCUGUGGAGGCGCGACUGCACCCUGCGUGACGGGAGAUGUCUCCCGUAGCCUUAAUGGACAUACUUACCCCCAUAAUAUACACAAGGCUGGUCCUGCGUGGCCCCCAUUCUCCUACUCCAUAGGGGUACACACACACACACACACACAGUGUUAGUAUACGUCGCAACUAGUGACCUUAGUGUCCUGUCCCUCCCCGCGGGCCUCCACCUCCAACACUUACCGUCCCUAGUCUCCCCAUCGUGGCGUGACACUACACACUUGGAUUAUCUUCAUUAUUCACUGCAGCCGCCUCCAUGCAAUAGGCAGCGACGCCAUUCUCUGCCUUUGGGUGGAGGCUCUAGCGCCCACCCUAGAAAUGGAUGCAUGCGACGCCCACCCUUGAAUGGCGUCGCAUGCAAUAGCCAGCGACGCCAUUUUCUGCCUUUGGGUGGGGGUUCUAGCGCCCAGUAAUUGGUUUCCCUAUCUUACCCACCCACCUGUGGAGUGAUGUUCACGGUCCUCUCUCAGCUCUGUCAUGGGGCUCUUCUCUCUCACUCCCAUUAUGGGGGUUCCUUCCCUUGCACACACUGCCAUUGUUGUUAUGUGCGAGUGCACACGUCACAGAGGUAUUUGUGACGUCAAACCAACCGAGACGAUAGCUCUUGGGCCGGGCAGCGGCCGUCUUGGUGAUUGAAAAGCUUCAUGGUGUACGGAGACCUUAACUGAUUGUUAACGAGGAGUCAGUGCAGAUAUAAUUGGUUUCUAAUCGAUGUAGGGAAACAGAUUCCCGUCGUAAAUGUUAUAGUUCUCUUGUAUUAGAGUAUAAUGUACUUAGUCAAAUGUAAUACUUGCUUAUGCAAGUGUAAUAUGGGCUCUUGUUGUAUUUUUUGCUAUGGGAGAUUUAGCUGUUCUUCACGUGUGAUGAGUCCUUGCUUCAACGCCCUUCUAUAAGUGGUAGAGACAGAGAGAAGCAAUAAGCAUUCUGAGAAGACCCUAUUAAUAUUUUCCUAAAUGUUCAUGGAAAAUAUUUUACCCGUUCAUGAGCCCAUGAAAGCCUAUGUCUUUCAUAGAAAGACAUAGGCUUUCAUGGCCUUUAGAAAAAAGAAAGUCCUUUAUAAACCUUUUUCUCGCUGAUAGCUAUCCAUCCACAAGUGGUGUAGCCACACCGGCUGCUGCUCGGUUACGGUAGAAAGGUGUGUGUGUGUGUGAGAGAGAUUGGCUGUGGCUGCUACGUAAGGAGCGCCAGGAACUCCGGAUGAUGUGUGUGUGUGUGUGUGUGUGUGUGUGUGUGUGUGUGUGUGUGUGUGUGUGUGUGUGUGUGUGUGUGUGUGUGUGUGUGUGUGUGUGUGGUUCCCCUUGUACAGUCGCCUCUAUGUGCCUUUGUGCGGUUCUGGCCGUCAUUUGAGGCAUCUGUGUGUGUGUGUGUGUGUGUGUGUGUGUGUGUGUGUGUGUGUGUGUGUGUGUGUGUGUGUGUGUGUGUGUGUGUGUGUGUGCGCGCGCUCACCUAGUUGUACUCAUCUGGUUGAGGAUGCAGGGUCGAGUAUCUGCUCUUAAGCCCCGCCUUUCGACCACCACUAGUUCAAUGCAGUGACUCUUUUUUUAUUCGUUUUCCUUAUCAUGUUUACAUAUAAUGUUGGGGAUUGAAUUGGCUUCGACAACUUCUUCAUCUAGUUCGUUCCACUUAUUUACGACUCAUACUGAACAAGUUCUUUCUGACACACCCUGUGGCGUAUCUGGCUACUUUGUCAGUCCCUCUUAGUAUCUUGUGUGUCGUUAUCAUGUCCUCUUUAUUUCGUCUUUCCUCCAGUGUAGUCAGGUCCAGUUCUUUCAGUCUUGGUUCAUAACUCAGGAACGAGCUUUGUUGCAUAUUUUUUUACUUUUUUUUCUAGUUUUGCUUUGUGAUGCUUAAAGUAGGGGUUCCAUUGAACCAAUCCACAAGGGCCGUGACGAGGAUUCGAACCUGCGUCCGAGAGCAUCCCAGACGCUGCCUUAAUCGACUGAGCUACGACAUGGUCAAUAGGGGUUCCUUGCUUGGGCAGCAUACUCAAAAAUUUAUCUCACAAAGGAUGAGCUCACAAAUACAGAGCUCAGAAGGGUUGGUGAAGGAUAACCGGAGAUUUGCCAGUAUGACGUAUCCUGCCCCUCGUUAUCCUGCUGAUGUGUGGCUCUGAUUGAUGAAGAUUAAGCCACCCAAGAAGUGGCACGGGCAUGAAUAACCCGUAAGUGGUGGCCCUUUUGAACCAUUACCAGUAUCAA